CCCAUAGUCACAGAAUUCGGGGUCGAUCCCGCGUUCCGUGACCCGGGUUCGUCGCCCCAAUUCGCGGGUCGGGGACGACGUGGGUCGACGUUCCGAUUCGUGGUGGGUCGCCGCCCCGUCGCCGCUCAGGUACAGGAUGGGGCGAGUCCCAAAACUACAUGGGUCGCCGCCCCAAUUUGAUGGAUCCCGUCCCAACUAAAAUGGAUCUCGCCUGAUUGUUUUCGCAGGGUCUCUCUCAAUCUCGAUUCUCAAACGGGAUGAGAUGCAGAUGAAGAUGGAAGGCUUACGGAAAAGAUGGAGUCGUAGUCCUCCCGUCCUCCGCCACCACCGCGGCGGCCGCCCUCGCCUGCAUCGAUUCCCCGACAGGAACAACGACGGCGGCGGGCCGUCCAUUCCCUGCCGGCGCCGCGACGCGGCGCGGCCGCUGCAGCGGACAUGGCGCCCUCCGCGACAUCUCGUGACCCCUGGUGACGAGCCGCCGGCUGUAUUGCUGCGAAGCGCGGAGUCCCCGCCAGGGAUCUCGUGGACGGCGGACGGCGGACGGCUCCUCUGCUUUGAGCCUUUGACUGCUGAGCUUUGUUUUUUUUUAUUACUCUCUUUUCUCUCGUAUGGAGGAGGCGGACUUAUCUGGUCUCUGUAGUCUGUAUCUGUAUGUACAUAUUAUUUUUUGGAAAAUUUUUGCUACCGUGGCCGGAGAUUUCCCUCCAUAACUCCCCAAUUACCAUUUAUUCCUUCCAUGAUUCAUUCCCUAAUACGAUUCAUUCCCUAAUACGUUAAAAAAAAACAGAGAUGUAAAACUAGGCAUCGAACCCACGACCAAAAGAGAGAUGCAAAAACUAGGCAUCCAACUAACCAGCGUGCUAUGAUGAUAACUGAAAUCUAUAAGUGGUAUUGCUUUAUUUCUACUAGAUGUUAGUACUGGUAACUACUAACAUUUAAUUAUCAAUCCACUAUGCUAUGUCUAUGCAUAUGUCAUUGGAGAUGAUCUAUGAUUCUAUAUAGUAUUUACUGUAGAAACUUAUGGGGCAACGACAUUCGCUUUGUUCAGCUAGCUUGUCAGCCAAUAGUAUUUUUCGCUCACACCAAAUCAGCAUCAGCCAGCAGUACUUUUCUCUGACAACAAAUCAGCACUAGCUACCAGACACAGCCAGCCAAACGGAGCGAAUUAUAUGCUAACAAAACUAGUUGAGCUACUGCACUACCUUUAAUCAUGUCCACCUCAUAAAAUAAAACAAAUGUAAAUAGAUUACUUCUCCAUCUUAUAGCACACAGCUCAAAUCAUCUUAGAACAUCAUAAAGAACAUUACUACACGUCAGCGGUCUCAUAGAUCGUCUCAAGCAAUGCCACUUAGGAAGAGAGAGAGAUGAGAGAUAAAGAGGUCAUUGCUUCGUGAAACAACCACCUCAUGGUACGUGUCAAUGUAUGAGAUCCACUUGUCUCUAUGAGCUAGCUCUUGAAAAAGGCAAAACAAGCAAACCUCAAGCUGACAUGGCAAAGUUACAUAGCCCACAGCUAGUUAUGUUGUUAAGUCUAAGGUAUAGGUGACAAACGAGAAAGAGGCCUUAGUUAAUUAUUGAUCAAGCUUGAUCUUUAUCAAGUCGAGCAUAAACUAAAGCGUUUGUUCAAAAUUUUAGUAUUUGAUAUUUGAUAUUUUUUCAUAAUUUUUAUAGAAGCAUGCUCAUAAUUUAUUUUUUGGAGGAAUAUAAAAUAUAAGUCACUGACAAUGGACCAGGUGGGCAGGUGACCAGCCAACCGUACCAGUAGCAUUUGUAAUACGUGUAGGCUAACUCAUAUUAGGAUAGCUACUAAUCAGUUGCCUGACAAAUCGUGUCCUUCCUAAUACUGCCGAUCGGAAUUCUGAAUCACCUAUAUAUAUAUUGCCCCAUCGGGAUCUGAAACAAGCCUUCCAGCAACUUUCAACGCCAAUUUCAAUUCUCCAGUUCAUUCGUCCUUUGCUGUGGAUUUCACGUCUGCGCAUUGCAGGCCGAGGAGGAAUAGCAAUGGCGUUUGGAUCGAAGAAACGUAAGGAGGCCGAGAUGGAACACGAAGCACCAGAGCACAUGGACAGUGGUGACGAAAUUGAUCCCAUAGAAGCUGAUGAAGGAGGUGAAGAAGAAGAAGAAGAAACUGAAGUACAGAAUCAUACAAAGAGACAAGUCCUCCUUGAACAGGUAACAAUAUUAUAUGCUGGCAAAGGGAAGAAUCCUGGUGGAUCAAAGGGUUGGCAAUGCAAGCACUGCAAAAAGAAGUUCAGCAGCAGCUCGACAAGAAUUCAAAUGCAUUUUUUCGGUGCGGGACCUGGUAAGAAGGCACAGAUUAGUCGUUGUACGGCACUACAAAGUAAUCGCGCCAAGUAUAAAGAACUGUAUGAGAAGAUUCAGAAAUUACGAGGUUCCUCUAAACCAGCGGCCACCCAAAGGCACAAUCCAGUGGCAGAUGCUUUUGGUAUGAUAGAAAGGGAUGCCGUUGACAUGGCAAUAAUGCGGUGCUUGUGCGCUAAUGGAAUUCCCUUUAAUGUGUUGAGAAGUCCUCAGUGGUCUGAAAUGGUAGCAGCCAUAAACAAAGGACCGAAGGGAUACAAAUCACCUUCCAGUGAGAAGGCAAGAACCUCCCUUCUAGAUGCAUGCAAGAGAAAUGUUGAGCAAGACUUGGGCGCACUUAAAAACACAUGGUACGCAACGCAACAGUCUAUUUACAAUGCAUAUAUAAGUUAUCUUUAUACAGCUACUUACGAGGUAUUUGACUUAUUUCUUUUAAUUAGGCACACACAUGGUGUUUCCAUUGUUUCUGAUGGGUGGACAAACAUGAAGAACAAGCCAUUAAUCAAUGUAAUUGCAUCAAAUAGCCGUGGUUCAAUGUUUUUGUAUGCAGAUGAUUUUUCUGGAAUUGAGAAAACUGGUGAAGCAAUAGCAGAUUAUUUGCUUAAGGCAAUCGAAGAUAUUGGAGCCUCGAUGGUUAUGCAAGUUGUGACUGAUAAUGCAUCAAAUUGCAAGGCAGCUGGACGGGAAAUUGAAAAAGUGCACAAACACAUUUUUUGGUCACCUUGCGUAGUGCAUACUCUGAAUCUGAUAUUUAAGGAUUUAGCCAAAGCACUUCCUUGGAUAGAGGAGACAUACAGUACUGGUAAAGCUCUAGUCACAUUCAUUCUGAAUCACCAACAUGGCCUAGCAAUUUUCAGAGCCAAUUCAAAACUAGAUCUCUUGAGGGUGGCAAAGACACGAUUCACGUCCCAUUAUAUUUUGCUAAAGAGGCUGAGUGACUGCUGUGAAGCACUUGCUACCACGGUGGUUACAAAGCAAUGGAAGGACUGGAUGAGACACAAUGGGAGUGAUAAAUAUGCAAAGAUUGCAGUUGACACUAUCAACAGUGAAGAGUUUUGGACAGAGGUUGAAAGCAUUCUUGCUCUCACAAAGCCCUUGUUCCUGAUGGUAAAAUUUAGUGAUGGAGAAGGCCCAAAGAUGGGUGAAGUAUAUGAAAAAAUGGACACCAUGCUGGGAGAGAUAAAAGAUGUGAUGACCAAGUUGGACUACCCUCACAGGCUUGAUUUUCCCACGGUAGAAAACAUUAUCCUUGGUGGGAGAAAAUGAAUAUCCCUCUGCAUUGUUUGGCCUUUGCACUAUGCCCAGAGUAUUAUGAUAUUGAGUACUUGAAAAAACCCGCUCCUGGAGGUGAGCCCAGAAAGGCUCCAAAUCAAGAUAAGGAGGUCAUGCGUGGGGUGCUGGAAGCUUUCCGCAGAAUAGCAGAUACUGAUGCUGAACGAAAGAAUUACCUAGAAGAGUUUACUGCAUUUCACAUGAAGAAAGGGAUGUUUUCAUUCACGUCUGUUCAAAAUGAUGCAAGCACAAUGAAACCCAUUGACUGGUGGUCCAACUACGGCUCAGAGACUCCAAAUCUGUUAGAACUUGCUUUGAGGGUUUUGUCUCAGCCAAUCAGUAGCUCCUCAGCUGAGAGAAACUGGAGUACGUAUUCGUACAUCCACAAUGUGAAAAGGAAUAGGCUUAAUUCUAAAACAGCAGACAAGCUGGUCUACGUUCACUCCAAUAUUCGCCGCUUGUCAAGGUUUUCAGAAGACUACAAAGCAGGCCCUAACAGCAAGUGGGAUGCAAUUCCAGAAGAUACUUCUUUGGAGGAAUCAAGAGUUAAGCUGGAGCAGUUGCGCUGGACUAAUUUGGAGGAUGAUGCCGAGGUUGAUCUUGAUCCUCCAAAUGACGAGCCGGGCCCCUCAUCAUCAAAGAAAAGGAAUGCUAGAAAUAAUAACUGAGGUAAUUCAAUAUGCAUGCCAUUUUCCAUUUAAAUUUACGUAAAGUUGUAUACUGAAUCAAAGUCUCUGUUCAAUAUUGUUUGCAGUUCACACAUCAGCAGAAGCGCAGGAGGCAAGGAUGCAGGAGUGCUGUAGCUGUAGAAGGCUAGAAGCAGGAGCGUGGAACAGCAAGAGCGUCGCUGCCAUCCGUCGUCAGUCGUCCUCCCGCUUCUAUAUUCAAUAAAAUAAAUUUAGAUUGUGAAGAGAGUAUCAGACUAUUUGUUGGCUUCGAAUUUUUCUUAAUUGGAUUGUGUGAUGUGUGAUUUAUCUUUUAUAUUAUAUAAUUGAAUUCCUAUCGAUCCAAAAUACAUUGGAUCACGACCCUA